CAGAAUAUGUGAGGAAACUGGUACCAUUUUGGCUCCACCUCCACCUUCAUUUAGCAGUGUUCUGAGUUAUAGAGCAAUUGAUCCAAAAUGGCGAACAAACCGCUUCAGUUUCAUCAUAGAUUCUACAAGUUCCUGCUCACAGGGUGGUCGUGAGAUAUGUCGUUGAUCUGUGCGUGUAUUCGGGAGAUUUGUUUGUAGCUAACCCUAUUGGUAGUAAAUACGGAAAGGGCAUUUAUUCCUCACAUAUGUGCAAGUGGUUUAUUUUUUCCACUACUUUUAUUGGUAUUUGUUCAGACUGGUAUUUUUACCUGCUGAAAACGCAAGCUACGUUUUUGUAUUGAUUAUAACAAACAUUAUUUUGUACCACGUUAAGAGCGAUAUUAACUUUGUUUAUAUAGGCACUCAAGCUGUCAAUUACAAACAACUGACCGAUUAUAAUGUUACUAGCGUAAAACAAUAUACCUAGUUUUUUUUUCAACAUUUUUACAAAACUUUUGUCUCGGUCACUGGGUCAAACCUACAACAAAGUAACUCCUUGGAUUUUUCUAAUACCUAAAUACUCAGAGCUAGUAGUAUGGUGAACGUGGUGUUUCUGCACCCCGAUUUAGGGAUUGGCGGUGCAGAGCGGCUUGUGGUGGAUGCCGCUCUGGCUCUACGUUCCAAGGGCUGUAAGGUUCAAAUAUGGACUGCACACUACGAACACGACCACUGCUUCUCAGAGACCAAAGACCCAGACCUCCCCAUAGUCUGCGUGGGGGAUUGGCUGCCCACUAGCAUCUGCGGAUACUUCCACGCACUCUGCGCCUACAUUCGCAUGGUGUACGUCGCCCUGUUCCUCAUCUUCUUCAGCGGGGUGGAAUUUGAUGUAGUGUUUUGUGACCAGGUAUCAGCAUGCAUCCCUGUAAUCAGACUCACUAGGAGGAAGAAGAAAGUCCUUUUCUACUGCCACUUCCCAGACCAGCUCCUAACGGCACGCAGCUCGUUCCUCAAGAGACUCUACAGGGCGCCCAUCGACCGCCUGGAGGAGGCCACCACCGGCAUGGCGGACUGCGUGGUAGUCAACAGCCAGUUCACAGCAGGCGUCUUCAAACGCACCUUCAAGUCCCUGUCCAGUGUGCACACAGACGUCCUGUACCCUUCACUGAACUUCAGCACCUUCGACACAGAACCUGCAGAGCUUGACGGACUAAUCCCAACAGAGAAGAGCUUUGUGUUCCUAUCCAUUAACCGGUACGAAAGGAAGAAGAACCUGGCCCUGGCCCUGGAAGCCUUGAAGGACCUUCAGGGCAGGCUCUCUGGAGAUGAGUGGAAGAAGGUUCAUCUUGUGAUGGCUGGUGGCUAUGACGAGAGAGUGCCGGAGAACGUGGAUCACUACAAGGAGCUCAAGGACUUAUCCACUAAGCUUGGCUUAUCAGACAGUGUAUCCUUCCUGCGGUCCUUUUCUGACAAGCAGAAGAUCUCCCUCCUCCAUCACUGCACCUGCGUCCUCUACACACCCAGCAAUGAGCACUUUGGCAUUGUUCCUGUGGAGGCCAUGUACAUGCGCUGUCCGGUCAUCGCUGUCAACUCAGGUGGCCCGCUGGAGUCCAUAGCUGACGGAGAAACUGGGUUCCUGUGCGAUCCCCAGCCGGCAUGCUUCGCUGAGGCCAUGGAGAAGUUUGUGAAGGACCCCGGCCAACGACAGGGCAUGGGGGAGGCCGGGAGAGAGCGGGUUUUAAAGCGCUUUUCUUUGGAUGCAUUUUCGGAACAGCUGUACCAAUACAUCUGUAAACUGACAGAAUAAAGCACCCAUGGAGAAGGUGUUUUGAAUGUCAUUUUGAAUGAUUACAAGGAACCUGGAUUUUUUUUUCUAGUAUUUUCUGACUUGAGCUGCACUUCAAUAAAAAAAAUGUGUAUAUCCUUAAGGAACCUAAAUUGAAUGUUCUAAAAGCAAUUACCAUGAACCAGCCUAGAUGGACUGUAGACAGAGUCACGAUAUAACUAUGUAGAUCAUGUCCUGUAUUUGUUAAAUCCAUGCAUUGCUUGUAAUUGUUACAAUAAAAAAAAUCUCUUCAGCUAUUGGGGAAAAAAAACAA